AUGCUAGGGUUGGAAAAUUUCGGCAAUACGUGCUAUGUUAACUCAGUGAUGCAAGCUUUGUACUUUUGCGACCCGUUUCGAGAAUCAAUAUUGGCAUACAUCAAUGGAAUACCAUCUCCCAAUGUUUUGCAAACCAAUGCGAAUUCUUGUUCGAAUAUCGUUGUCUCGGAUACGGAUAUCAAAGCAUUCUUGACUUCUUUGAGGAAGAACAAUAUCUUGUUCGAUUCGACAGCACAUCAAGACGCUCAUGAACUGUUCAAUUUUGUCCUGAAUCGCAUCGGUGAAGAUAUUGUGGACGAGGCCAAAACCGAUGGAAGAAUGAAUGGAUCAUUAGCAGGAUCACAAAACAUCGUUCACGAUGUCGAACCAAAUGGAAAAACGAUGAUACACCGGUUAUUCGAGGGGAUUUUAACCAAUGAGACAAGAUGUCUGACGUGUGAAUCGGUCACUUCAAGAGAUGAAUGUUUCUUGGAUUUAUCGCUGGAUAUUGAACGUAACACAAGUGUGACCGCAUGUUUGCGUCAAUUCAGUGCAAGUGAGAUGUUGUGUGCUCGAAAUAAAUUCUUUUGCGAUACAUGUUCCGGAUUGCAAGAAGCAGAAAAGCGAAUGAAGAUCAAAAAGCUGCCCAAUGUUUUGGCGUUACAUUUGAAACGCUUCAAGUACGAAGAGUCUGUUCAAAAAUUCGUCAAGUUGGCCUAUCGUGUCGUUUUCCCGAUGCAGUUGCGUUUGUUCAACACUUCAGAUGAUGCUGAAGAUCCAGAUAAAUUGUACGAACUAUAUGGAAUCAUUGUUCAUAUCGGUGUCGGCCCGCAUCAUGGACAUUACGUCGCUAUCAUCAAGGUGGAUAAAAGAUGGUUUGUCUUUGAUGAUGAAACGAUCAGCGUGAUUGAUGAAUCGGACAUCUCAAGAUACUUUGGUGAUACACCAGGAGCGGGAAGUGCUUAUGUUCUGUUUUAUCAAGCUGUG